AUGGGAAGCUCCGACGGGGAUCGGAAAACCAAGGUGGUAGUUCUGAUGACCUCCACCUGUGAGCCUGCAUGGCGGCUGGACAUUGAGAUUUGGACCGAAGUCCCAAAUACACAACCCAUGCGCAAUACUCGGAGUCGGUCCAUGAGAAUACUGGAACGGACACAGCAUGUAUACUUCGAGAAUGGCGCCGUCCAUGGGGGACCGCUGGUGUUGAGCUUUGAGCUGAUGAUGCGCCGACGACCGACCGGGAAAGAAGCGGAUAUUGUGCUAGAUGAGAUGAUAUCGGCGGUAUGUGCCAAGGUUUUGUCGUGA